UUUCUACAUUUUCUCAAUUUGCAAUCGGUCUUCAUAAUUUCAAUGGAGAAGAUCAAUACUGAAGAUCAAAAAAAUGUUCGAAAUUUUGUCAAUAAAAUAUUGGAGAAGAUUGUAUUCAAAUGGACUCACAAAACUUCGAUGGAUCUGUUCUGUGCUGCCGAGCUUGCAGAGCUCUGCCACAGAGCCCGUGAGCUCAUUUGGUCUGAGCCAAUAUUCUUGAAGCUGGAGGCGCCGAUUUGUGUUAUGGGGGAUAUUCAUGGACAGUUUGAUGAUUUACUCGCAAUGCUCGAUAUGAAUGGGUGGCCCUUGUCUUCACAAGAAUUUGAGGCUCUCAAGGAUACAACAGUAAGAAGUCGUGAAACAGGAAAAAGACCUCAGAGUGAACCACAUUCGACACAGCCAGAAUCAAGUAACGAUGUAAAACCACCAGUUGCUGCUCCGAAAAGUGUGAACAAAGAGGUAACAACUGGAUACAAGAGAUACCUAUUCCUUGGAGAUUAUGUCGAUCGUGGACCAUUUUCAAUGGAAGUUGUCAUUCUACUCACUGCUCUCAAACUUGCAUAUCCCGAUCGUAUUUAUUUACUGAGAGGGAAUCAUGAAUCAAGAUCAGUUAACACUUCGUAUGGAUUCUAUCGAGAGGUCAAUUAUCGUUAUGAUGCUCAAUUGUACGAAUGCUUCCAGAACAUGUUCAACGUUUUCCCAUUCUGUGCUGUGAUUAACAAUACGAUUAUGUGUAUGCAUGGAGGAAUCAGUGAGCAUCUGACAAGUUUCAAUCAGUUUUCGGUUUUCAAAAGACCACUCGAGAUUCCUGAUGUUGGUGUUCUAACUGAUUUGACAUGGGCUGAUCCUGAUCCGACUGAAAAAGGCUAUAAACCAUCCGCACGUGGUGCAUCUUUUGUCUUCGGACCACCAGCUCUCCGUGCAUUUCUGAAAAAACUGGAUCUUCAAAUGGUUAUCCGUGGUCAUCAAGUUGUUGAAGAUGGCUAUGAAUUCUUCGAUGGUCGACGUCUGGUCACAAUUUUUUCGGCUCCAAACUACUGUGGACAGAAUGACAACACAGCGGCUGUUUUUAGUAUUGAUAAGAAACUGAAGAUUUCGAUCAAUGUCUUCAGGCCGGAGAGCAGAGACAAGAAACGUGGAUUUGAAAAGGAGAGAAAGGCCAAGAAAUGAUCCUGAACUCGUUUAGACUUUUUAUUCGUAGAAAUAAAGAAAUUGAAAUUACU